CAGAGGUAACCGCGGUAGGCGGAGCGAACCUUAGCUGACUGAGGUUCCCUGUGUAUAUUGUAACGCUGUAUACAGUGGCUGCAGGUGACAUAUAGAAAGCGCCAUAGGCCGUCACACAGGAAACCGUACGGCAAGCCAAGAGGAAGCGGGGGCUACACAGCUGCACUCCGGGAUCUGCUGGGCACCACCCCGUACAUCAUGGAUCAUCAGUACCUUCAGGCUGCCAACCGAUACCAAGUGCUAGAGAAUGAGGACGACUCCUCCGAAACUGUGGCUGUAGAGCAGCCAUCCACCUCAACCCAAGCUUCUCAAGCAUCUCAGACUACAGCCGCAUCCGCAGUAGAUACAUCUCCUCCACCGUACAGCAGUAUUGUCGUAGACGGUGGUGUGGACAACGAAGCACACAAUGAAUUCUACCCUGUGCCACCUCCCUAUAGUGUUGCAACCACUCUUCCAACAUAUGACGAAGCUGAGAAGGCUAAGGCCGCAGCAAUGGCUGCCGCCGCAGCUGAGGCCGCCCAGAGGCACGGCCAAAUUAGAGAGUCUAGAAGUCUGUUUGAUGAAAUAUUCCUCAGCCCUUCAGAGGAGGAAGAAUAUCCACCCAGAGAUGACUUCAGUGAUGCAGACCAGUUGAGAGUCGGGAAUGAUGGGAUCUUCAUGCUGGCUUUCUUUAUGGCGUUCAUUUUCAACUGGAUUGGGUUCUGUCUCUCAUUUUGUAUAACCAACACAAUAGCCGGGCGCUAUGGUGCAAUCUGUGGGUUUGGAUUAUCACUCAUCAAAUGGAUUCUCAUUGUGAGGUUCUCGGACUACUUUACUGGCUAUUUCAAUGGACAAUAUUGGCUGUGGUGGAUAUUUCUUGUACUUGGUCUACUGCUAUUCUUUAGAGGAUUCGUCAAUUACCUCAAAGUGCGAAACAUGUCUGAAAGUAUGGCGGCUUCUCAUAGAACAAGGUUUUUUUUCUUGUACUAGAGGCACAUGCAAGCGGACAUUCCAUUCUUUAUCCAAUGUGAAUCAAGAAGGUGUAGAACACUCCAGAUUGAUAGACUAGAAGACUACUUAGCAAGAAAACGAGUCACCUGGUUUCUAGCAGCUCUGGAUGUUUGAUAGAAUUCUCCAAUAUCUUUGUAAAUAUCUCCUUUAAGAUUGCACAUUUGCCAAAUGGAAGAUUUUUCCAAAACCUGUACAUGACAAACCAUUUUUCUUGAUGCAAAAAUCGGCUUGUAGCAUGUUUAACCUGACCUGUUCCAUCACAACUGGAUGUUCUUCUACUGCCCAUGUUUUCUUUAUCACAAUAAUUGUAAAAUAUUUGAAGUACAGUAUUUACUGAUUUUGCUGAAUUAAGCAGCAACAUUUUCUCUCUUUGUGCAUACGACUUCAGCAUGAAUAGGUUUUCCUAAAACAGGCACAAUUAUUUUGCAAAAAAAAGAGACUCAUUUGUAAUUAUGCAUCUCCUUGUGACCAUUUGGCAAGUUCAUGUUAAUUAAGUUAAUUUAAAUCUGAAUAUAUGUCUAUUUUUACUAACAUUAGCCCUUUUUUUUUUCUUUUCUUGUAUGAAUGAAUAGAACAAAGGAUCUUGAUACGCGCUGUUUAAAACGUGCCAUACAAACACUUGUGGUUUCAUCAGUUUUUUGCCAUUUGUCACUGUCUAAUCUGAGCAAUGGUUGAACAAACAUGCAAAACUGUUGACCUUCAGAAGGUAUCAGAAGUCCUUCAGUUUCAACAUGGUGGGUGAGAUCAACACAGAGACAGUGUUCGCUUUGUACAAGGGUCUUUCCAAUACCUCACUGCUAUAUCAUAGACACAAUGGGAGAGGUUUACUAAGCUAAAUGCACCCAAAUUUUGCCUUAAAGGGGUUCUCCAGGAAAGCUUUAAAAUGGCCGCAAGCAACCUGUCCUAGAAUGUAAGCGGGACCGGUGACCUCCACUUGUAGAGCUGCUGGGGGGGUAAGGGGCAGGACCUCACUACACGUUACACUCCUGCACUUGCAUAUACUAUACAUUGGGGAGCCUUCCUAUCAGGCUGCUCAGCCAUGAUGGCGUAUCAUAGGCAGGAUUGCAUCAUUACCAUCUGUUGUGCAGCAGUGAAGUGAAGCCUCCCCCCCAAAUCACAUUCUAAAACAGUUUUCUUCCGACUAUUUUAAAUAUUUCCUGAAGAACCCCUUUAACUUGUGCCAACAAAGUGGCAUACAUACCAAAUUUAUCAUGUGUUUUUUGCUCGACAUGGGCCAUGGCGUAGUUGUAAUACUGAUGUGGCUUAAAAUGGCCCAACAUGUGCCAAAAGACUGGUAAGGCAGACGUAAAAAAUAAGAGCCUCCACAAUCAACUUAAUUUUAGCCAUUUUGUAAGUGACUAGUUAGAAAACUAAAAACCUAAUGGGCAGACAGAUCAAAUGGUAAAGCGUCUAUUUAGUAGCCCGGCGAGGGAUAAUAGCAUCUGCACUUAGCAAUACUCUGUAAUCUAAUAUGCAGUGUUUUAUUGUGUCCCCGGUAAGGACAAAUGUGUCUCCCUUAUUUGUUUCUCAUUUGUUUUUAUUUUCCUGGGCAGCCUCACGUCUGGAUAUGAUAGCAUUUUUAGUAAUGGUAAUGAAGCUGUGUUAUUGCUGGAAAACCUAAUCCCCUCUCCUAAUCCCCUCAACUCUGAGAGCUAAUUUUGCACAUGAUUGGAAACGGUUGCUCCAUAUAAUGCGGCUUAUAUGAUAUGAGAAUAGCAAUCUUAAAGCGGUAUUGUCUACUUGGACAUUUGUGACAUAUCUACAAGAUAUGCCUUUAAUAACGGACAGCUGCUAUGUGGAGAACGCCCCGUCCCGCCCGGUGUGGUGGGUGCCGUAUUCAGGUAGAGAAUCGAUGGAGAGAGUGACACGUGCAUUCAUUCUCUGCCUAGAUGGCAUGGCUGUUCUUCACAUAGGUGAAGACAUUUAUGUCUAUCCUGUGAAUGUCCAAGUUGAUGAUGACCCUUUAAGACAUUGUAAAAGAAUCUCAACUAUUAACUAAUCACAGGCCUAGGACAGCAUUAAAUAGUGUAACUGCAACUGGAAUAUGAUUUGGAAAUGGUGUGGGCUUGGUAUAUGUUAUAGGAAAUAUGAUAUAUCUGAAUCUUGCUUACUUCAUUGUAGAUCUAUGUGUAUACCGUAUAUCUAUCGCUCAUAGACAUUCUGUUAUUUCUAGACAUUGAUCAAAUUCUAACCUGUGGCUGGGGAUACUUUGUAGGAAAAUAUGGGGUGAAUAUUCUCUGUUAGCGCUAUAGAACUUGUUAAGUGAUGUGAAUGUGUGCAUAGGAUCUGGAUUUCCUCUAUCUGGAUUCCAUUGGAAAUAACUCAAAGCCAAACCAACCUCCUGUGUCACGAAAUGUGGGCAAAGUCUUAAACAGAACUAUUAACUCUCAUAGUGCCUUUCGCAUUAUGUGUGACAAAAAAAGAUUUUCUUUAACCACUCGAGAACAUACAAAAAAAAGCAUCAUCACAAGAAAAUGCUAAAGUGACCUGUCCUCUUCUAGCCUCCAACAGUAUGGUAUGUGUAGAGGAACUCUUCCUGGGGGGAUCUCUUAAUCCUGAAAAUUACUUACUUCCCAAUUUUAACAGCAGGUGAAUAUCUCUGCCUUCAUUUAUUUACACGUGAAUUAUAUGCCCAUGAUGCUUUGUAAAGAGAGGCCCAGUUAAAACUUCUUGUAGCCUUAAGGCCGCUUUACGUGGGACAACUUUUUAAACCACCGAUGAAUGCUUGUUUAAAGGGAACCUGUCUGUGUGUUUAUGUCAAGCAAACUGCUCACAUUCCCUUACAGCAGCCUCAUGGCGCUACAAAAGCUACUUUUGUUCCCUUUUUCUUCUGUAUGCAAAUUAGUUGGUUCCAGUCAAGGAGGCCAGCACUUUUCUCCUUUUAAGUCAAGCUUUCCCUGCCCGACCCCUUCCUGCAUCUGGAUUGAUGUUCCCUAGCUCAGGGAACAUUAUCCCCUCACCUCCUUGGAUCCUGCUCUUGCACAGCUCGGUCACAUUUCUGGUGCAUGCCAAGUUGCGUUGGGUGUACAGCACCUGACUUCAAGGCUUCACUGCAUGUAUGCCAUGUGUUACAGAGAAGAGCUCUCCCACUGUGCUGUGCAGGUACAGUGAAGCCUUGAAGCCAGAAACUGUACACCCAAAUGCAACCGAUUGGAGCAUGCGCAGGAUCCGAAGAGUUCAGUGGUAACGUUCCCUGAGCUAUGGAGCUUCAGUCAAGAUGCAACGGGCAGGGAAAGCUUGACUUCAAGGAGAAAAGCGCUUUCCUCCAUGACUUGAAGCAGCUAAUUUGCUUUUGAUGGGUACAAGGACUAAAGUUGACUUUCCGCAGUCAGAAAAAGUCAUGUCACUUCUGGAGUACCAUGAGCAUAUUACAAAAGGUUCUGUGGGUGGUUUGUAUGACCUAAACAAGCUCAGAGGUUCCCU